AUGUCUUCCCCUUCUGCUGCCAUCAUCGGCUCGACUGGCCUCGUCGGCUCUAACAUCCUCUCAACCCUCCUCGCUUCUGAGAUGUACAACCCCAUCCAUACUAUUACUCGACGCGCCCCCAAGGCCACAGCCGCCCACCUCAAUGCGAUAGUCGAUGCCGACACGACUAAGUGGGCAGACCUCCUCACAGGUCUCACACCCAAGCCCUCUAUCGUCUAUUCUGCCCUUGGAACUACUCGCGCUGCCGCUGGCGGUAUCGCAAACCAGUGGAAAAUCGACCACGAUCUUAACGUGGAACUCGCGAAAGCCUCCAAGACUGCGGGCAUCUCGACAUUCGUUUUCAUCUCGAGCGCAGGAACCCGCGGCAUGAUCGGAUCGGCCUCCCCUUAUGCGAAAAUGAAGAACGGAGUCGAGGAUACGAUCAAGGAGCUGGACUUUGAGCAAGCCGUUAUUCUUAAGCCCGGCUUGAUUCUGGGCCAGAGAGAGACGGGCCGUAUGGCCGAGGCUAUUGCUCAGGGAGCAGUCAAUGGUCUUGGACGUCUCAGUACCGCCAUACGUGAUGGCAUUGGCCAGGAUGCGGACGUUAUCGCAAAGGCGGCCGUGAGAGCUGCGCAGUUGGCGCACGAGGGCAAAGCCCCAAGCAAGUACUGGGUUAUCGAGGGAGGCGAUAUCAUCAAGCUGGGCAGGACUGAGUGGCCGGGUAACCAGACCGAGGCCACGGAGACCAAGCCAGAGACAGCCGCAUAA